CUUGUUCAUUCCGCCUCGACAAAAAGAAACAAACAAACAAAAAAGACAUGGAGGAGCACCUUAGCUCAUCAGAACUGUUUGCUAAAGCCCUCAAGGGUUACCAAACUUCUUCAGCAGAAAAAAUUUGGUUGGCAAAACAAGCCUGGCAGAGAAGCGAUGUCGUCCUCCCCCAUAAACACGAGUUCUUAUUCGAAUGGCUCUGUAGUACACUUGUCAAGGCUUCCGCUGCAACAAAGAGUGCUAAGGACGCAUCUCCGACCAUCUUGUUGGAGCAGGAUUACUGGGAUCUGUUCAAGGCAAUGCUUACACAGCUCACUCAUAGUAGGAGGGAUAGCAGUAAAUAUGGACAUAUCAAUAUCCGCCAUCACGAAGGUGUUGCCAGAUCAGGAUCUGAUGCUGUCGACUUGCAAGCUCUCGGCGUUCUUAUUCGUGUUCCUGUGAUAUCUAUUUUCACAACCCUGAUUCAAAACCUCGUGAGCUACCAGCCAGCAACCACUGUGGCACAAUCUAAGGUUUCUGGGAAAAAGGCAAAGGCCCUCACGGCACUAACUAUGGCACAGGAUCCAUCAACUUAUUCACCAUCCAAGGAGAUACUGGAGUCUGCAUCGACUUGCUUUGAGCUUCUAACUUUACCUCUAAUGUCUGACUGGUUUCAGCCAACCUUGGAGCAAUAUACCCCCCUUAUUCAGGCAAUUUUAGAGGCUCUCGUCGAGAUGGUACAAGAGACCUCAAAGAUUGACACAGCAAAAUAUAGCACCAUAAUGAGAUUCGCUUUCAUUGUCCUAGACCAAUUCAAGCGCCUUAUCAUCAUUCAACCAAACCAGAAAAAAGUGUUUGCGUUGGUAGCAGCCAAGAUGUUUGAGAUGCUGGUACGAGCACGCGUUGCUGUUCGUAAAGUACCAGGGCUGUCUUCAGCCGAAUGCCAGGAGGCAAUAGAUGCCAUUUUGAGGACAGGACUGUUUCACCAAGAUCAUUUGCAGGAGUAUACGGCAGGAUAUACAGGACGAGACGAAAAGUCUAUUCAAAGCUAUCAAAAACAACUUUUCGAGCAAAUUGCCACUUUAAUCAGAUCUGAAUAUUCUACAGCAGUUUUGGAUAUCCUUCCAGUGUUUCUCCACUAUUUUGUUGAGGAGUCUCGUCGGAGGCAAAGGAGCUUAGCCAUUAGUGGGCUGGAUCGAAGCUUGGAUAGCACACGCGAGACAGAGUUCGCCUUUUUCAAAAUCAUCUACGUCAUGGCCGGGAAGCAGUUGCCGAAUCUUACAGAAGUCCCCUCAGAGGCAUUUAUUAACGAGAUGACGAGUAUUAUUGAUACACACAAUAAUUUGCUUGCGACAGUUUUGGAACUUGACAUGUACCAGCCCAGCAAUGACAAGACAGCAGAUCAAUUUGUUUUCAUGAACACCUCAUUUGAGAGUAUCUAUUCAUGUUUGGCCACUGCUCAGACAUUAGAAAAUGCAAAAUUGCAAAGCAUCUCGUUAACAGGCAUUAUUGUAUUGGCGCAAUUGGACGAUCGCUUGUUGAAGCCUCAUUUAGACAGUCUCUGGCCAGUGCUGUUUGCUCCAAUACUAGGGGCUCAAGAGGCUGCUCUUGAAUUGGCAAAGGCGCUGUUAGAGAUUUAUGGCAAAGCUAGCGAUCUCAAAAUCUUUUUCAAUUCACUGUUUUCGUCGCUUCGGAACCAUUUGACUCAACCAGAGCAUCUCAAAACUAGCCCCCUUUUUCUCAAGCCAUUCUUGGAUCUAGUACCUGCAAACAUCAGGAACUACAUGCCUCUACCACAAGCUCCAUCUAUCUCGAGCAUUUUCAUCACGGAACUCGUGAAUCUACAAAGUAAUACGGGAAUUGAAGAGCUAAUGUCUCUUCAAGAGAUGGGGGUCAAGAAGAAGCGGAAACUGAAGUCUGGGAAAGCAGUGGAACAAGGAGAACGAUCUAGAAACAUUGCAUCUGCGGAACAAAUCUGCGAGCUUUUUAUCCAGUUUUUGAAGGGUUUACGUGUCACAGCAAAUCAGGAGAAACAGCUCAGCCAAGGAUUCAAAGAUUUAUAUGAGCAUUUCUUGAAGCAUAUCUUCAAACCACUUGUUAAUGAAGACUCUGACAGAUCAGAAUCAUAUCAAAGUCGGCGUUUGAUUCCAGCAUUGAAACUGCACUAUACGCUUUGCAGAAUCUCGACACAAUAUUGGUUAGGCGGAAUCUCGACAAGAAUGAUCAGUGACAUCAUUAAAUCGAUCAAAGGGUCCUCAGGAUGGUCAGAUGCAACGAUCUUGGUGCUUAAUCGUGUAGUUCUUCAGCAUGUGCAUAUGACUCUAUGCUCUAGUGAAAUCAUGACCGACGAUAUCAUGCAACAAUGCAAUGACUUGGUUCGUUUUACCAUGAGCUCGUCUCGCUUACACCAGAUUUUGGAUAAUGUAUCGUUGAUGACAGAGCCCUGGGAUGGAGAGAUAGGAUCGGCCACAGGCAGUAGGUUUUUGGUGGCGAGCUGGCAGGUACAGGUGAACGACUGGCUGGAUAUUGUCUGUAGGUUUGGUACUACUCAGCACCUGGAACUCAUCGCUCAAGCCAUUGUCCAGCAGUUCGGUACAUCAGUUGAUAACUCCAUGGCACCGAUGACGGACUCUAUCACGAUUCACAUUCUGAAUCAGAUCUUGUUACGCUCAGCCAAUUUCUACGAAGUACCGAACUUUCGACCUGUCUUCGCACAAAUGAUCCUGAAACGCCUUGCAGAAUCGAUCAUUGUAUUGAGCGAAUCGAAUUUAGAACGAGAGCUUGCUGAUAUGGUUUUAUCUCUUACAGAAAGUACUCAUAGCUCGUCCAAGGACACUGGAUUGAAAGUUAUGUUCGUAGAUGUGCUCAAAAAAUUGGCCAAUGUCAUUCAAGAACGCUCUGAGGACAAGAUACAUCACUUAAAAUCAAAGUCAAAAUCAAAAUCAAAAUCAAUGCCAAAAUCAGGUUCAUCAAACACAAAACCAGAGUUAUCAGCUCAGGAUGAGCAUAGUCAAAAGCUUUUGUCAUUAUUAUCUAUCGUGCAUCUCUUGCCACUAGAGUACUUUGAGAAGAAUGAAAGAAACAUCAUCCUCACGACAAUGACCAUUUUGGACCACUACAUUCAAACCCAUUUGACCGCCACCUCAACGGGCAUCAAGAGCUUGCUUCUUGUUCGCCGUAUCUCGGAUGCUAUAAUGACGUGGAGAAGCGAUGCAGGAGCACUGUUUCAUGAUCCUGCUAUCCUCUUAAACAUAGUAAAUUACCCUGAAUGGAAUUGUUCAACGAGCUAUGGAUCCGAAGAUAAGGAUGGUCUCGGAUAUGUACUUAUGGAAACCACGGCUGCGAUCGUUUCUAACACGAUCCGAUUCUUUAUGGCACAAACCCAUGACGCUAUUCAGCAUGAAAGCGCUCUUAUGCACUUGGAUGCGCUAUUGAAUCUGGCGCAAGAAUGGGCAUCGAGCGAUUUUAAAAUCAGCAAAGCCACUCUGGAUCGUCGUAUAACCGAAUCUCGCAUUCGAGUCAUCAUGGUUUCUCAAAUUUGCAAGAGUCUUGUCCAAAGUCUGGGGCAACAACGGCACCAAAAAUCAAAAUCAAAAUUAAAGUCCAGAGUUCUCUUGGGGUCAGAAGUAUCAAAAAUGAAGACCGAGGAUGCGCUGUUACUGAAGCGAAUCGGAUCCUUGUUCGAAACUAUGCAAAUUAGCAUUUCAAAUAGAAUCGGAGAAGUGAUAGAGAGCAUACAUUCGUCUAGCACUCAAUCAGGAUCAGAAGCCGAGGCAGCGUUAGUAGCGGGGGCACAACAUUGCAUAGACCACCUUGAGCUUUAUAGCACUAUCGUACAGUAUUAUCAAGUCGUUAACUAUAGUCAAGAGGAUAAGAUCAAAUUUUUAGAUAUGAUGCCAGAUCUUUUUCGCUUGGCAGGGGUUUUACUACAAAGCAUUACCAAUGUUGAGCAGAAUGACACUCGGGACAGCCUCGCUUGUAAUUCAUUUAAUAGCAUAUCUCAUUUAGUGGCUAUUUUGACAGUAUACUCUUGUCAGUAUUUGCCUUUAUCCAGCUCUUGGCAGUCAACGAAAGAAACAGAGAAGCUGUUGAAGGGUCUCAUGAAGUUAUUACUCGACAUUUCAGGGCGCGAUCUUGCAGAAUCAGAUAUCUCAUGGCUCAAAGAAGCUUAUUUAGCGAUGCUUGGUUUGCUUUCUGAAGACCAAUUCGACUGUAUAUUGCAUUGGUUGUUGGAAGAGGCACGUGUUUUUGGAGAUCAAUCUAUGAACGAGGUGGUUCUUAUCAGAUAUCUCAAGGUGACUUUCUCGAAUGCUCAUCACACUCAUAAGCGCAAGGUGCGUCGCCAAAUCUCUAGACUAUUGACUAGGUUGAUUCAGAUCCUUCAGAAUACACAGUCUGUUGAAGUGGUGAUAGGUGUGUUAGACAUUAUGGCCGGCAUCUGUUCUGAGCCUGCGUUCGAGUUGCGCUGCUGGGAAAUCGGUCUAGUAUUGGAAGGCAUUACGUCGCUGAUGUCUCCAGCGACCCCAUUGCUCCUACUUGGCACUGAAAGAUCGAACACGGGAUCUACGACGCAUUCAGUUUUGACUAAUGGAGACACAUGCAAGAUCUUCACAGCUUUGUAUCAUGUCCUGAUGAAUAUUGCUCGAUUCCGUCAAGAAGAGCUCACAGCGUUGAUUCCAGUCUUUACAGUGAUUGUUCAGGGCAUCCUCCAUGGCUUUAAAUCUUUGAAUGGAUCGAUUGCAAAGCAGCAACAAGGUGUUGAAUCGCUCGUCAAGAGUCCAUUCAAGCUAUUAUCUGCUGGUGUACUCAAUCCUGAAAGCAUCACUGGAAGUUCUGAUAUCUCAACAAUGACGUCUUCUUCUUUACAUUCGCCUUCAUCAUCAUCAUUAUUAUCAUUGCCGUCCCCAGGAUUGGUAACUUUUACGUCUGCUACGGACAGCAUCUCUAUUGGCGACCCAUUGUCGGUUGAAUGUGCAGAGAACUUUGCACGUUUGUUAACAGCUCUUGGGACUAAGAAUGUUCAUCCAUUGGGAUCGUAUGGUAAUAAUGAUGGUGGUGGCAACGACAGUACAAUGGAUGCAUUGCAGAUAUCACAGAGCAGCUCCAGCAUAGGCUCCUCUACAGGUUCAACAUCGUCAGCAAUUGCAGCAGAUACAUCGAAGGCUUUUGGCAAGCAUGCGCCGUACAUAUUGAUGGAGUACUUUCAUAUUCAGAGUUCAAUUGUGGCAUCGAUUAGUCAACAGAGCCUUCGAAAUGCACUGUUGCCAGGUCUUUAUGCACUAUUGAGUCUGUGUAGUGAUUGGGAGAGAGAGAUGAUGAUGACCGGAUUGGACAACACUGGCAAGACACUGUUGAAGGGAUUGUAUACAGAUUAUUUAAGGUACUACAAGUACACUGGCCGGUAGAUUUAUUCAAAGGAAAAAAUAAAAUUUUAGCAUCAAAG